CGUGAGUUAGCCCUCUUUUUCUGCGGCCAUCUUGGAUUCUAGUGUAGCUCCGUAAGUGCUACAAGAAAACUCCCAGAAUGGGUCGAUUACACGCACCAGGGAAAGGUAUAUCUGGUUCAGCUUUGCCUUAUCGCCGAAGUGUCCCAACGUGGCUCAAGUUGACAGCUGAUGAUGUCAAGGAACAAAUUUACAAGUUAGCGAAGAAGGGCUUGACUCCUUCUCAGAUUGGUGUGAUUUUGCGUGACUCACAUGGUGUGGCACAAGUACGUUACAUCACAGGAAAUAAGAUUCUCAGGAUUCUCAAAGCUAAAGGGCUUGCUGGAUCACUCCCUGAGGAUCUUUAUUUCCUUAUCAAAAAAGCUGUUGCAGUCCGCAAGCAUCUCGAGAAGCACCGAAAGGAUAAGGACUCUAAAUUCAGGCUGAUUCUUAUUGAAAGUAGGAUCCAUCGUCUGGCCCGUUAUUACAAGACCAAAAGAGUUCUGCCAGCCAACUGGAAAUAUGAAUCAUCUACAGCCUCUGCUUUGGUUGCAUAAGCUAAAUUUGUAAACAACAAAAUAAAACCAUCGUAUAGAAUUCA